AAACUUGUACAUUCGGUCUUUUUUGUCUGUGCGCUCGCCAUUUUGGGCGAAUUCUUGUCGGCUGUUUUGUGAAAAAUCCUUUUUUCCACAAUGGGUCACGCAAAUAUCUGGUAUUCUCACCCUCGUAGAUAUGGACAAGGCUCCCGCUCAUGCCGAGCCUGCUCCAAUAGACACGGCCUCAUUCGCAAGUACGGUCUCAACAUUUGCAGACAGUGCUUCAGGGAAUACGCGAAUGACAUUGGAUUCAAGAAGCUGGACUAAGUUAUGGCUAAGAUUCAAUAAACCGUAAUGUUAAGUGAGAUGGCAUUUUAUUUUUUAUCCUCUUAAUUAUUCUUUACUAGAAUUUAUAGGAAACAUAGAAGUAUAUUGGGGGC